AAUUUGUACAUACAUGAAGUACAAUUAUCUAUAAAAUUAUGAAAAAGCAAUGAAGUUUGAGUAAUUAUUUCUUACAUUGCAUCAAGAAAAUUACAUUACUUGAUGCCUUAUAUUUAGCCACAGUCUAGUUGUGGUAACGAUUUACAUUCUAACCCUUUUUAGGGUUGUAUCGGUAUUUCACGCAAAAAUAUCUGUAAAAGACUAUACGUCUUUUUUUUCAGUUUACAAAUAUGACAUCAAUUCUAAAAACAUUUAACAGCUUUCAACUGUUUAACAAAUGUUUAAAGCCAAGGCUUGACAUGAUGGCAGUUCUUACUCGUGGCAGGAGGCAAAAUCCUCCACCAAGAAAACGUCAUCCAGAAUGGCUUCCAAAGCCAACACGUGUACUGUAUGAUGAAGUACUUACUCCAGAAAAUAAAGAAUUCAUCUCAGAAUAUGUUGCAUCUAAUGAUGGAUUACACAAUAAGUCUCCACUAAAUGCAGAAUUAAUUCCAACUACACCAUGGACCCCAAAAUCUAAACGUACUGGUUUAAUUGGCAAAAAAAUAGGUGUAUAUCCAAUGUGGCUAAAAAAUGGUACAAGAGUAUUAGCUACUUUAAUACAGAUUAUCGAUAAUGAAGUUGUAAAAUAUAUACCACCAGAAGAAUUUAACCCAGUCGUACACUCUAAACAUAAACAUGUUAAAGUGAAAAAUGGUUCUCUUGUACUAGGUGCAAUAAAUAUUGAUCCACAGAAACUUACUAAGGAGUAUUUUGGAAUAUUUAGCAAAGCUGGAGUUACACCAAAGAAAAUACUAAUGAGAUUUGUGGUUUCACCAAAUGCUGCUCUCCAACCAGGAACUUCAUUAUCUGCAGCCCAUUUUAAGCCAGGAGAAUUCCUUGACAUUCGAGGAAAAACGAUAGACCGUGGCUUCCAAGGUGUCAUGAAAAGGUGGGGAUUUAAGGGUAUGCCUGCAUCACAUGGUAUAACUAAAUCACAUAGAAGGGGAGGAAAUAUAGGUGCAGGAGGUGGACGAGCUAGAGUGAUGCCAGGUACUAAGAUGCCUGGACAUAAGGGAAAUCGAUGGCGUAUUCUCAAAGGUGUAAAGAUACUACGAAUAAACACCAAAUACAAUGUACUUUGGGUAUUAGGUCCCAAUAUACCAGGAGAAGUAAAUACCAUGUGUUAUUUAUACGAUACAAUUAUUCCAACUAAGAAGAAUACUUCACCAUAUUUUCCUACAUACUUACAAGAUGAACAGACUGGUGAACUUCCUGAAAAUCUUUAUGCAGAUGAUGUCCAAGCAUUUAAUGAUCCUAAUAUUGUAUUUGAACCUGAAUCGUCAUAA